CGGAUAUUCGGAUGCGAUAAAGCGGUAAAAUGCCGUAUGUUUUUUUGGAUUUAAUGUGUAAGAUAGAGGAGUUUUAAGGUUCAUAUGUGUUUUGUGAUGGGAAAUUGAGAUCGAAUUAGAGUAAUUCUAUCUUUUAACUUUCAUCUUACGCGGAAGAUCUGAAAGUGACGUGAAAAUCGAGACUUUGGUAUGGGGUAUAUAAACAUGGACUGAUUUUGUUUUGUAAUGGAUACAGCGCUGAAGUAAAUAUCCCAUUGAAACUGGAAAUUGAUUUCCUUUGAAGACACAACAAUGGAUAAAAUGGUACGCACUGAUUGGAAACGCCACUCCGCCCCAUACGACAUGACGUUCGAUCUCACGGCGUAUAAGAUGUCUGUUGAUGAAAUGUUCGAUGAGGCGAUGGAAGCAUUCACUUCCGGUGGUGGGACGAUGAGCCGCACCCCGCAGCCGACGGUCGCGGCACCUCAGCGGACGUCUACUAUGGUCCGUGAACGGAAGAAGAGUAUUGGCGUGGCAGAGGUCGGAGUGACGGAGCUUUCAACGGACCGCUAUACGCCUGGCGUCCUUAAAGUGUUCGGAGAGACCAUUCUCCCGGGCGUUCAGUACAAAAGCGUAUUGGCAUCGUGCCGUUCCACCGCACAAGAGCUUGUCAAACAAGCACUUGAACGAUUCGGACUAUCCGCGUCGAAUUACAAGCAUUACGUACUGUGCGAUGUAGUGGGCAGAUACGAUUCAAAUGUCACGGAUAUAAAUCAUAACGAAGACCGACUAGGAAAAUGGGAACGUGUGUUUGCCAGAAUGCUUUCAGACCGGGACAAACCGCUCCUUUUGCAGAAGUUUUGGAAACCGAUCGAAGGUUUUAGCAGACGAUACGAGCUCCACAUACGAGAAAGUGUUACGGAUUUUACGGACGAUGAUGAUACAUUGGGACUUAACGAAAACGCGAGGAAGAUACUGAUUUCUAAGCUUCGACCGGGGGCUAUUCCUCUUUUUGACGAUGCAACGCUGGGGCGUAGUUCCUCUUCCGGGCUGAAGCUUGAUUUCAGUAAAAUGUCGUCUGAAAGUACAUUGGAGUGCACUGACAGUGAAAGUGAAAAGGUCAAGGUCAAUUCUAGUAGGUCUUGUCCUAACGAAAUGGAUACAUGUUUACCCUCAAAGCAUCCCUUUUUCGUUAACAUUCGGGGAUUUGAUGUGAAAAAGGACAAAACGGUAUAUGUGAUCAAAUCAAAACGCUUCGAUUUCGGAAAUCCUAACUUGAAGCUACCUAAAGUAAAAGACAACGUCCCAAGAUAUAGUCUGUACGCUCCGGAUAUAGGCAGUGUGCAUUGUUGCUUCAAAGUUUACAAAUUCAAGCGUUCAAAUGUCGUCACCGACCCUCUGAACGAACGGACAAACUACUUCCUUGAGUUGACGCCAAUGGCCGCGAAUAUUAGCGUUAACGGACGUAACGUUCGAAACAAAGUGGUCGUGAGAAGCGGAGAUAUUGUAAACAUCGGAAUUUACUAUGUGUUCUUGUUUAAAGACUGCAGUAAAGGAUUCGACGUUCCACUCUCGUUACCGUGGUUACCAGUACCUGAUGUCAACAACGUGAACGUUAAAACUAACGGUGACGUCAUCGACGUUGGUAUUCCCGUCGAGGACGAGUCGGCGUCGGCAACGGGAACGGACGAUUCUGGCGACAUGUCGGUACCAGAACGUAUGAGUCUAUCUUACGUCAAGGACAAAGAGGAAGACCUUGUGAAGUACAUCUGCGCCAUUAUUCAACAACAGAAUACAUCACGGACGUACCCGUUGACGCCAGCGUUCCUGUUUGGGAUGGUGAUCGAGCACGCCAGCCGGAAGUUUGAGAUAAGGCAACUCAAGCACUUAUUUCUGCGUAUCCUGUAUUCAGUUCGAGAAAAUGUUGCGGAAACAGCGAAAUCCCUGUCUUCUGGAAAGUUCUCAUGUACUCUUCUAGAUAUGUCCAAGCCCCCGAAUGACCGAGAUCAGAAACUCGAGCGUCUGCUGCUAUGGAUAUCAAAUUGUGUGCAGCUGCUCCUCUUCCUGAAGCACACUUUCCAACUACCGGAAGUGCCACUACCGGAACGAGCCUCCGAGGGUGCGCGCGCAGACCGGAAGUCUCGCAAGGACGAGAACGCGAAACACGCGCUAGGGCAGCUAGUGACGGGUCUUGAGGAAAUCAUCAUGUUCUGUUUUCAGCAGAGUGUCUAUACAAUCACAAAGGCCCUUCAUCCCGUUCUUCCAGCGCUCCUUAACAGCAAUCCCUUCAGUGACGGUAACUCGGAGACGUGCUCCAUGGAGGACGUAGUGCGCAUGCUCGAGGCGCUGGCGGAAGUGACGCACGUGACCAUGUUGCACGAAAGCAUCACGCGCCAACUAUUCACCUACCUCUUCUUUUUUACUAACACGAAUGUGUUCAACAAACUGAUAGUCGAGGAGUCCGGGACUGAGUUCUACAACUGGCAGAGCGGAGUUCGCCUGCGCGCCAAUCUGGGUCAGCUGGAGGACUGGGCGACACAGAACGGCCUCGAGGAUGAGUUUGGGCAGAUGUUCGAGCUUUUGCUCGCGGUCACUGAGUUGCUUGCAACCUCCCGCAAUACGCUUGUUAAGUACCAAUGGGCGAUGAUGAAGACGCACUACGCCCCUCUGACGUCACGGCAGCUGUAUCACGUGAUAUCACACUACCAACUAGGACGCCCCGCCCCUCUCGCUUGGCAACCAAAUGCGGACGAGAUGGAAGCCGUCAUAGAAGAAACCCUAGAUCCUAUACCCCUGUCCGCACACCCACCGUUCGCCCUCCCGGACAACUGCGGGGCGGUGGACCUGGUCCGCUCACCGGAAGACGCCUCCUUCUGGAACACGCUUCGACGCCUCAAGUCCCUCUACGGCGCCGUGGAAGAUGACAGCGACAGUGGGUUUAGCAUUAGUAACACACCACGUGGUUCCAAUAUUGCAACCAAUGGUGAACCGUUUUACAACCAAGAGGUUAUUCCGACCAAUCAAAAUUCAGCAAACAACACACGUGACGACAAAAGUCAAGAAAGUGAACCUACCUACGCAGUAGUACAAAAGUCUAAAGUAAAACUUCCGGUAAAAAGGAAUGGUAUGAAUUUAUGGUCAUACAAAGUUCCAAAACCUGGAUCAGGUGUUUGUCAGUGUACUGAAAAUUCUGAUAAUGAUGACGUCACGCGGAAUUCGCUGACGUCAGACUUGAUGAGUGAGGAGAGACGUGAAAACGUUGAAUCAUCCGAUUCAUCCAGAGAACAUGACAAAAAUGAAUUCAUUGCAACCGCCCUGUCACGUUCCCUGAAGUUGAACAUCAAGCCAAUAUGCAAAACAGAGAACAAAGAAAAAAACGUGACGCCAAGAUACGUAAAAAAUAAACAUGCUAGUGGAAAUGUGGCGGACUGUUCGGCAAGAACGUUGCCAAAAUCACUGCAGAUGCGAAACCGAAGUAACAGCAUCGGGGCGCACUCGAAAAAGCCACAUGACGCAUCGAAACAAACCCUAAGUUUUAGCGUAGAGGAUUUACCUGUUAAAAUGUUGCGUCACAAACCUAGUGCGUCGUUUGAAGAGGCGAUAGAACGUGGCUAUACCUCAGACACCGUUCAUGUAAAAAGUGCGAGUAUUUCAGAAGACGAAUUUUCCCACACAAAACCUUCUGUGAUUUCUUCUUCUUUGAGUUUGAACAAAUCUGUGAAACCAGUGAUUGUUCCCCGUAGUCAUUUAGUACGUCGACACAAGUCGUUAGUGACGUCGACGUCAAAUUCAGUUUCUAGUGACGAGGUUUUCGUAGAUGAAGUUGAUAUUGACAACUUGUACCAAAGUCACAGUGGAAGUAUCCCGUUCCAAACAUUGCCUAACAAACUCUCGUCAUUCAAACCAAUAUCUACCUCAAAAGAUAGCAUGGUGAAUCCAAAAAAACUCAAAACAAAUACUCAGAAAAUAAUGGCUGUCAGCUUUGACGCCAAUUCACGAAGAUCGUCUAUAGAACUCACGAAAGACGAACUAUUUCUUCACGACGCUGAUAUCAAUCUUGAAUAUGCAGACGACAAUGUGAACGUGCGGGAGACAGACGACAAUUCUAGUGAUAUAGAAGAAAUGUUGGAUAGUGAAGUGAAUGAGGAAUAUUCUGGGGAAUUAUUUACGGAAGUUAAUGAACAAACCUUAGCGGACCUCAAGCGGCACGGGAGCUCCCUCAAUGUUGCGCCUUCCUGUGAAACCAGUCCGAGGAUGUUUAAUCAGCCUUACGUGAAAGUAAGCGAGGUUGUGGGCGUUGACGAGGACCGGAACCAGAUGUCACCCUGCCCUCUCUACACCGUUCGCCUCGAGAAACACCAUGGCGGCCUGGGACUCUCUCUUGUGGACGGCCUUCAUACAUCCCUGCGACUGGCGGGUAUCUAUAUCCGGCGGAUCCAGGAAGACAGCCCGGCCGCACAGACCGGAUGCCUGCUGGUCGGUGACCGAAUCCUCGCCGUGGAUGGACGGAGCGUCAUUGGUGCUGAUUACCAAAGCACGAUGACUGCCAUCAAAGAAGCAGACGACACUCUUACUCUACUCAUUGCUAGAGGGAACGAGUCGAUGGCUGACAAAGUUUCCGUUUCCCAAGUCUAAUGCUAUUUCGGAUAGGGCAACAUUUCGGACAAAAUCAGAAAAUGUGUUCAAACCUUUGUAUAUCUCACAAUGACUAUCAAUAUGAUUAAAUGAUGUUAUUUUCAUAUUAUUAAAUAAAAAUAGAGCAUGUACAAAGCCGAAUUACAACUCAUUGGUAGAUGUGUAAUGGCUGUUGUUUAACAACAUUACAUUAUACUACUCUUGGUCCAAAGUUGAUUUCCUAAGUUUAGCUGAUUCGUAGAAAAUUCGUUGAAAAUGUAGACAACUACUAGCUCAAUAGUAUUAAUCUGUGAUAUUAGAUCUAAUGAAUUAACAAAUUUG